AUUCAUCAACUUGCUUAUGUGGGAGUAGACUCGGAUAUCACAUUCGUCCCACACCAAUUUGCCCCUCACAGAAUAAGACAGGUGGCAAUAUGCUGGCGUCACAGAAACACUCUGCUCAAUGGGAUUCCGCGGCGGUUCUAAUUGCCACGAAGAAUAAUCUCACUGACAGCACAUAAAAGCAAGGCAUUUGUUUCCCGUUUUUCUCCUUAGAUUGCUUUCAUUCCAUAGACACCACAUCCUCACAAACAAUGCGUUUCCCAGUUGCCCUCGCUGCUGUUGCUACUUUGACAGCAUCAAUAUGUGCCGAGCUCAUCAACGCCGAUGCCGAUGCUGACGCCCACGUUGGAGGGGAUGUUGGUGUGGACGAUGGAAAACGACCAUUCGUUCUCUUCUUUUGCCUCAGCUGGUUCCAAAAGAAGAAGAAGCCAUCCUCAGAAUAUGACGAAGCGCUCGUGCGAGCCGUUUUCAAUGAGUUUUUCAACCUUGAAGAAGCUGCCGAACCCAAACCACCUUCGGGCGAGCCGAUGAAAGAGAAUGCCAACAGUCUCGAAGAAACUGUCAAUUCGGUCUCGGGCGAGCAGUUGGAAGAGUCUGUCAACGCUUUUGACGAUUCGACACCGUACGCUUUGUUUGAAUUUUGUAUCAACAAUCUUGGUGAAACCUACAAUUCGUCAAGUUCGGGCGAGUCGUUGAAUGAUGUGUGA